GUCUUUUGUUGGGCAUUCAAGAUGGCGGAAUCGGAAGAUGAAAUUGAUGUGGAAGACAUUUCCGACGGCGAACAAAUAUCCAGCUUACGAAACGUGGUUGAAGAUGGUCAGAACGAAAGCUGGUUUGUAGAUGAUUAUUUUAUAGUCUUUAACUUUUUUCUUCGUCUCAAGACACAAGUUAUCAUCUUAAAUUAAAGUUCGUUGGGAUAAACAGCUGAUACACGGCAGUUUCGAGUCCAACGAUUCUUGAUAUUAUUAAGCUUAAUAUGCUUGUUUAUCUGUGUUUCAUGGUGCCACCUUUUCACCUGUUUGUUUACUUGUAGGUAUGAUAAAGACAUUGGCAAUCACAGUUUUCUAAACUCUUCAAGAAGCCCAUUUUCAUCUGAUUACUGCGAUGCCAAUUCAUGGCUUUUUGAUACCAACACGGUGAGUGUACAAUUAACAGCUGUUUUUAACAGUUCGAGAGCCAUGCUUCGAUUAAACUCAUAUUUCAUAUUUAACAUAAUUUUUUAAUGUGUCAGGUCUGGUCCUUAGAUCCUUCUACUGAUGAUAAAAGUAGAGCAUUGAUCGAAAAGAUGAUUCUCGAGGAACAGUAUCCUUAUCAAAUAGUUUACUCAUGUGAAGAAUAUAAGCCAUGCACCGACGACAAAGUGAUCUUAUUAGCCGAACUUUGGUUCAGAAAAAAAUUUUGUUUAAAUGUUGGUCGUUAAAAAGAUCUAAGCUUAAGUGUAUAAAUCCGUUAGGUAAAAUAAGGGAAUUAUUUUCUGUGGAAAGUUUUGUGUACAGAUGAUGGACUGGAUCAACUGAAGUGUUAUUAUGCCUUAUUAUUUGGCCUUUGUGUUAAAGGCUUUCAAAUGUUCUCAGUGGUUCAGAUUUAUUCUGACAAAGGUUUAGCAUUUUACGAUGAAGGACAAAAGUGUUGACACUUCCGUAAAAUGGCCCCUUUUUGCAUAGUGAACAUACCCUAUCCCCUUCCCCUGUCUACCCCAACCCCUUCCCCCCAAAAUCAAGGUUGUGUUUUGGACCCUCAAGUCUUUCUUUUGCUUCAGACAACAUUGAUUCGGGGGUCGGGGACUUUACGGUGUUUAAAAGGAGUGAAAUAAUAAAUGAAUUAAAUGUUUGAUAAAAGCACCAGUUUCAAACAAGUGUGUCAACUAUUUUUGCCCCUGAUCGUAGCAUUAGUAUCCUCAAUUAGUGGACCUCUUUAGACAGUAGUAGAAGACUGAGGAGAUUUGACACUUAAAUAAACUAUAGCUACAUGUAUGUACGGUGAAGCCCCAUUAAUACCGACACUUAGAGGGCCACAAAAAGUGUCCUUAUUAGCGAGGUGUCCAUGUUAAGUGGGUGUCCAUAACCUAAAGUGGGGUUUUACUGUGCCAAGUAUUGAUGGAACACGUGUUUUGUGCGAACCACACACAACAUGUAAUUUACAUUACUUUUUGGUUGUGAUAAAUGUUUCCUUGACUGGAAUUAGGAUGUAUGUUUACAGGUCAGCCCCAACAAAGUCACAUAAGCCUUUAUCAGGUGAGAUAUGACACACAGUAUAUAUAAAAUACUGAUAUAAUGGUGUACAUACCGUAAACUUCUGCUUAGAAACCCCAAAAAAUAUCCCAUUAUAACCCCUUCCCGGAUAUGACCCCCCUCCCCCUCAAGCUUUUAUUGAAAUGAAUUUGUUUUUUUACAACUGAUGCAAGUGAAUUCAAAAAGUAUUUUGAACAGCUCUGCUGUUUAGCUUGUUUGGAAACGCUCUUUUAGUCCAGAUAAAAGCACCCCCAUUUGAAAUUGAUUAACUGCUUUGUUUUAUAAAAUAUUUAAAACAUAUCUUGUUUUAUCACACAGUUUCUUCAGAAAUAAACAAGAGGAAACAACAUCCUGUGAGAAGGUAAUAAUAUAUUUUAUUUUACUGAUACUGACUGAUACAUACCACUUAUUAACCAAGAGUGAGGUCAUUACAGGGAAAUCUCAGAAUGAGUCCUUGACGAGGUCAAUGCGCUUUUGAGUAUUUUUAUAGAAAAAGUGCAAUAUAAGUAUUAAAUAUUAUUAUUAAUACAUCAAGGCCUAGGUCUGAGAUUUCCCUAUAAUGACUGAACGGAUAACGUUAAUAAGUCAUUUUUUAUAUGGCCUUUUUGGCACCUUUUUCUUUAAUUCAAUACAAUAAAAAACACCCGAAGUAAUAUUCAAUAUCCACAUGCAAGAGGUCAUUUGAUGUCGUGUUCACUGAACGAAAAUGAACCUGGCUUUAGCCACUUAACACCUUGUUAUAAACAUGGAUUGACAUGAUGGACAGGUUACUGAGAACCUACUUUUUUAAUCAGGUCACCAAGCACUAAGGUCAAAGGGAGUAUCAGAAAAUCUGGAAAGUAAGUUAAGCAGUAUCAUAUGUUAUUAGAUUUUCCUGUUGUUUGGAAUCCAUCAACUUGCUUGCUCUGAUCAGAGUGGCUGGGAAGCAGUCCGGAAUCCUGUGAUCUGGGCUUCAGUUUCCUGUGGUAUUUUGAUGAUUGGUACCUCACUAAUCUAAUCUGAUUGUGGUUUUUUUUUGGCUUAGGGCACAGUUUUGAAUCAAAUAAUGAACUCAAUAAAUUAUUUACUACAGCUCUGUUUUAAUUAGUACUGGUAGCAAUGCUUGAUUGGGGCUUCAUUGUUUUCUCAUUAGGGAACCUUCUGUUACCCAUAGAAAACCCUGGACUGUGGAGGAACAACAGCUCUUUGAACAGGGACUGGUAAAUAUAUUCAUCCUAAUUUCCCUAGGGACUAUUCUUACCGUGAAGGGAAGUGGUCAUGGGUUUGCAUAGUAGCUGUGGGCAGACAACAUACUUACCUUAAAUCAGGGCUCGAAAAAACCUUGAAUUCCAUCUUGUCCUUUGGGUAAGCAACUCUCCUAUUUUCCUUGCUCUGGGCCAUUUUUGCUCGUCUUAAGUAAUGUUUUUGUUAGAGGAUGACUUAUUGGACACUUUUCCAUUGAGCAAGUGAGCUUUUAAAAGCUGCUUUUCCCAGCAUGGAAGUCUACUGUCUACUUGUCACGGACUACCGGAUGAGGCUUUUUUGAUCCUUGUUGUAUGGCAUCUUCUCCUACACCAUCUUCCACAGUAUUUAGACCACCUUGAUUUUAAUUGACAACUGAGUCGCUAUCUGAUAAUAAUAAUUAUUUUUCUUGAACAUGCUCCAAGGAUCUGUAUGGGCGUAGCUGGACAAAGAUUGCAAAGACAAUACAUACUCGAACAACUCUUCAAGUGAAGAACUAUGCGAAACAGUAUUUCAAACAAAAGGUAUGAAUCAGUGAUGUUGGUGACAGUAGAUAAUAUUAUAAUCGAAAUGAUUCUAGCAAAGAGUUGAAAUGUUACUUAGGAGUCCCAGAUCUGUACUACCCAAAAAGGCCUCUACAUGUAAAAGGUGCUAAAUUAAAAAAAUUAUUCUGGUGCCAGUGAUCAUCCUAGCGGAGCCCCAUAGCUAAGAAAAUUUGGUUGUCUAUCCAUCAGAAACAUUUUGGUAGUCACAUAACCGUACGUACGUCUGUCCACUGAUCUGUCCGCAACACAGGGAAACCUUUGUGAAAUCUCACAUUUUGGAGCCUGCGAAUAUUGUAGAUUCAUUUUGUGGUCAAUUGACAGUUGUGUGGUCAAUUGACAGUCAGGUGUCAACCCAUCAAGGCCAUGUGUUUUUUUAACGUUAUCAACUGGCAAGUUAUUAGUUUUCAACUGAUCGCAGGCUUAACUCCAGGUGGAUUUCUUUGUAGUGGUUACAAGUUUAUUGUUUGAAGUAAAUUAUAAAUUUAUGAACCAGGGUUAGAAAUUCGUUUUUUUUUUGUCACAAGAUGAAGAUAUCUUGUAGAGAUGAGAUCUACAACAGGAGCUUCACCUUUACGCUGAGCUAACUAUACAGUGCUUAUUGUGUGUUUUUGUAUCCUUCCUUUCUCCAGAACAAGAGUCCUGUGACUUUUGAAAUAAAUGAAACUCAAGGAAUACAGGAACAAUGUGAUGAAAUGUUUGUGGUUGCCAAUGUUGAAGAAGUUGUGAGUGAUAAUUGUGUGACUGAAGAAGAUCAGAGUUGCCAAUCCAGCAAUGUUUUCCUUGUUUCAAGUGUAAACUCUGACUGUGCUGAAUCAGAUGAAGAUAUUGAAGUAGACAUUGAUGGCUCUGAUAGUGAAGGGGAUGAUAAUUCCCUAAUUCCAGGUAAUUAACAAUAAUUAUUUGAAAAAAAAAAUCAAGCAGACAUUAGCAAAGGUCCUGUGAUUUUCACUUAUAAUGCUUGUUUUUGUGCUAGAGACAUUAAUUUUGUCUGAGAUAUUAAAGCCGUCCUAAGAAAACGUCUAGUUUGAAAACGGUAAAUUUCACAGAAUAUAAGAUUUAACCUUCUUCAUGUAUUAUAUCUGUAUAAUAAUAUUCAAGUCACCUGAGGCUGCAAUUGGGAGUAAAUAACCCAAAGUUUACACUGAAAGUCUGUCCAAUUUCCUGGUUUCUUCAAAGAUUCUGUGUGUAAACACAGACUAAAUCAGCUUGUAAUAGGUAAACAUUUUUUUCAUGAUAAAACAACCACAACAAAAAUGUCCCCAUCCCCUCCUCACCCCUGCUGUUCCUGGUAUGUUGAACAGUAACUUUCUCAAAUAAAUGGUUGGUUCAAUAUCCUCAGGACCCAGUUGUUCAACGGCUGGAUAACACUAUCCACCGGAUAAAUCACUAUCUGUUGGAUUAAAACAAUUAUUGCCGUAUUCUCUGGAUAGUGAUUUAUUCACUGGAUAUCAUUAUCCAACUUUUCAACAACCUGGGCCUGAAGUCUAAUGUGUAGGUAUGGAUCUAGGAAACUCAGAAUUCAGAAAAGGGCGUACCACCAUUGCUUUCCCCGUAAAAUAAUGAGUAGAGUAACAAGUGCAGAAAUUCCAUACUGAUGAUGCAUCACUACCCAGAUCUAGGUAAUGCUUCUGAUUGGUUGAAGCAAAUUUUCAGCCAAUAAGAAACACUUCCCAGAUCUGGGUGGUGUCACGUCGUCGGUGUGGAAUUUCUUCACUCAUCUCUCAGGCGUCAUCUUGGAAACCAGUGGUGGCAUCACAAAAUGUCAGCUGUUUUCUCAGGCUAAAAGGGGCAAUAAAACUGGGAAUUUUAAUGAUCAUUAUCAUCUUUUUUUAUAAAAUCUUAGGUCAAACUACCUCUUGUCCUGAGGCUGUUUAUUCAGCUCUUGUUCAAGCAGCAGCAGAAGAGGAGAUAACACAGGUGAGUAAUAAAAUUAUUUCCAGGGUCUCUGUUUUGCAUCUUUUCUUACUUAAAGGAACAGAAGACCCGGGAUGUGAGAUUUGGUGAGUCAAGUUCUUUGUGGUCACAGUGCAAAAGAAAGCACACUAAAUAAACAUGGAAAUAAAAAGUAUAUGACAGUUAUUGUUCACUUUUUCAUCUGCGAAAUCAUCCCUUUUAUAUCUUAUUUCAAAUAGUGUGCCAACAGCUUUAGAAUUUCAACUGCACUUGGGCGCAGACAUCUUCUACUUCCUUUGUUGCAUGCAGUGCAACAAAGAAAAUACUUUUACAGAGCUUGUUUUUUUUUCUUGUCAUGAAGGCUUAAGGACUAGCUAAAACUUCUUGAUUGAAAGGAAUAUCUGCAAAAAGUAGCCAGCAUCAAAGGUCACUAACUCUUAAUCAUCCCUAUAUCUUAUCAGUAACUGUUGUACUUGUCCCAUAACCCUGGCAAUGGGUUUACACUAAUGUCACAUGGUGCCAAGUGAACAAUUUGCACCAGAACAGAAAAGGACGGAAAGUCUAUUGUUCUUCCUUUCAACAUGGCAACCAGCAGGUACAAAAGGCUGGUUACAGGUCAAAGGUCACGAGUGCAGGUUAGAGUACACUGAGUCUGGUAAAUAAAAAACACUAAAAAAUGUCUCCUAGCCCUAAUCACAAUCCAAAAUAGAGCUUCAGCUUGAAGGGAAAAUGAUUAUGUGAGUGGUUUCUCAAUAGAGCAGUGACCUGCGCUUGUGAUCUGUGACCUGUGACCUGCACUCUGUGCUUUGUACCUACCACAUUGCAACCAUAAAAUUUAAACCUCCUAUCUCAACACCUGGGGGUACUGCCAUAUAUGGGCUAUAUAGAUAUGUGCCACUGUGAAGGGUAUGGUUUUCAAGCAGUUUACUCUAGGAUAGGGUAUAUAAAUCAGAACAUUUAGGUCUCGAGUAGGGCAUCAUUUUUCAGGAAACUGAUCCAUUGGUUGAAGAUUUUAUCUAGACUAGGGAAACAGCUACUCUAGGAUAGGGGGGGGGGAUUUGGGGAGUUUACUCUAAUAUAGGGUAGCAAAAUUGAGCUGAACUAUCUCUGGUAUAGGUUAAGGGUUCCAGGGUCCCAGCGGCACAUCCCCACUCAGAAAUUCCUAAAGUACCCCCCCCCGGCUCAACACUCAUCGCUGUUGUUAUUGUAAUUUUUCAGGAUCCAGUGAUAGAAGAAAAUCAUUUUAUCAGUUCAGAAGAGAACAAUUCCUGUGCUACCCACAGCCGUAUCCAAGAGGAUUCCAAUAAACCUCUUUCCCCAUCUUCUGAAUGCACAGAAACCACUAGUUCAGUGGGUAGUGAAUCAGGAUCAAAGAAUAAUGUUGUUAUGGACGACACAUGUGAAUUAAGAAUUCUUGUCAGCAAUGAAAGUGGCGUGGAAGGCAACUGUGAUGAAAUGUUGACUCCUGAGGUUUGUUAUAACUGCAAUGUUCAUGAGGGUGAAGUAAACCUUGCUGAUAACAAAAACUGUGAUCAUCUUCCAAGUACGAUUCACACUCUUGAUAAGUCACGUUGCGUGACACUAGAGGAGUGUCACGCUACACCUUUUGAGAAGUCUUGUGAAGAGGAUGUAAAGGAAAAGAACAUGCCGUGUGUUGUGAUGGAUUCCAAUGCAUCCCGUGACUCUAGUAAAAGUAUUCCUAAGAAUGACUGGCAACCAGUCACGUGUGGCGAGGUUACGUCAUCGGAGCUCAUACCGACCUUUGACCGCGAGCAACCUGCGGCGAGCACUGAGAAUGCUAACGCGCUUCAUAAGAACAUUGUCAUUGACAAGAAUAUUGUACAAGACGUUGAAAAAGAACAUAAUGCUGAAUUUUUCAUGGGAAGAGCGCUCAAAACUCCAGAGAGAUACAUAAAAAUUCGCAAUUACAUUCUUGAAAUGUGGGAGAAAAACAAACCAAGCUAUCUAUUUAAGACGGCAGUAAGAGGCGGGCUUCGAAAUUGCGGUGAUGUGAACUCUAUUGGUAGAGUUCACGCCUUCUUAGAAGACAUUAGAGCUAUAAAUAAGGGAUGUCUCGAUAGACCAGUCCCACGCGUCAGACAACAAGGAGAGGUUACAGAUGCAAAAGAAAACGUCCAGAUGGAAUCCUGGGUAAAUUCAUUGAGACCAAGAAAGAAGAGGCCGAGGAACAGAGACUGGACUGAUUCUUGUAAAUCGGAAGGAAUGACAAUACAGGUAUUUGAAUUGUGGCAGUCUUAAAAGGCAGGAAAACAAUCUCUAAAAGCAGUAUUAUCUCACUUUAGUUGAGGUUCUUAGUUUGGUUUCCAUACUCAAACUACCCCUCCUCCCACCACCGCCCGAAAAUGGCCUGGCUAUUUCUUCAAGAAGCUUUCUUACUGAUUCAAAAGCUGAAAGUAAGUAGAGAAGAUAAGCAUCACAUUUACGUCAAACGGCAAACGAGAAUCUGUACCUCGUGACCAAGUUUCCGCUUUAUUUGUCGUUUACUGUUCAUUAUUUGUAACAAAUUAGUAGUUUCACGCAAUUUUUUAUCCAUAGGAAUUUUUUUGAGCUGUUUUUAUCUGCUCAUUUUCUAUUUUGAGAAAUUUGUAACUUGAAUUUGACGUUUGCCGUGUACGUGAAGCUUAAACUCUCUGGUGACAAAACAGCUCUCACAUAAAUCGAAUACACUUAAUACACGUGAACGCAUAAUAUACAGAAACAUAAGCCACUGCAGAAAGAAAAGCACAUUUAGGAGGUAUAUUUAACGCCCUCUUCAACGCGCAUGGUGUCCUCUAAGAAACGAAAACUGCAAUAAAAGGUCAGUGUAAUUUAAGAAAACGAUAAUUUCUUGUAUUUCAGCAUUUGUCCCCAGACGAACAAGCUUCUCAAGAAGGAACCUCAAAUGAGAGCAGCUCCCUGAUACCCCCUAGAAAAAAGUCCCCGCGUAGCAAGUCCUCGUACGACCCGUUUCUUUUGGUCCCCUGCCGGAAAUUCCCGUCUCCGAGUGCGGUGCCUUUUGAUGUUCUUAUCCAAUCAGAGACCUUGGUGGUAAUAGACACGCAUGCGCACAUAUCAACUACUGAGGUGAUUGGUCUAUUAGGCGGAACCUACUCAUAUGGGUCAAGGAGAUUAAAGGUAGUUUUUCUACGAAACAGCUCUCUUACUGUGAAGGGUUGUUGGAUAGUUGUUUUGUAAUUUUUGUUGUAGAGAUAUAACUCAAUAAUACAAGUCGUUGUGCAAUGCGAUGCGGAACAUAAUCAUCUUUUGUCGGUGGAUUGACGGUUAAACGCUAACACUAAGGAUUAUUGCACAUAUAAAACAUCAGCCGGCCAACUGUUCACAACGCGUAGAACUGAAAUACACGUGUUUAUUAUUCAUGUAGUAUCUCCUAGCUGUCAAUCACGAGCAUGUCCAAAACCGGAAGCGGAUGCACAUUUUCUGGUUCUUUGUUUAGUUGUGGUUUACAGUUUUGCUCUGUCCUUUAAAACUGUCACAGUAGUUUAUAAAUUACCUGUGACCGAUCGACUCCUUUGAUCGACUUAGUGAAAAACGUUAUGAGCAUAGUCUGUUCGUUAUGUUGUAUUUUUAUGCUGCACGAGGAAGUACUAAUUUUUAAGGCUGUUGAUGAAUACAGCAUGGAAACUUGUGUGAUUCCCUCUUGAAAUAUUUUACUAUAUUAGGGAGCUCGAGCAAAGACGUUUGUGAGUGACGCACGUCAACCGGAAGUGAGGCCCGUGAGUUUGAACCAAACCACUGCCCAAUGCUGCAAAAAGUCCACUUCCGGUUGACGUUCGUCGCUCAAAACCGCUCCUGUUGUUAUUAUAUUUUGCCGUAGGUCUCCAAGGCGAUCCCUUGUAGGAGCUUAAGCACUGGUCUUCAAUGUGAAAUGGACCCUGUAUCACAGACCCAGGCCUCUGAGGACUUGGCGCAUCAAGGACUGGCGGUGGUGGGCUGGUACCACUCGCAUCCUACAUUCGCUCCCAUUCCCUCUGUCCGUGAUAUUGAAACGCAAGCAAAAUUUCAGGUAAGAAACGGUGCACUGGUACCACAGGAGCCCUACUCAGAUGAAGCUUACCCAGCUACUAAGGAGCGGGUACUCUCACGGGCCGUUAAAGCUCGAACCUCCUAGAUUCCCACAAGAGUUCGUGGUGUCAGGUGUCAACUGCCGGUUCAGAAAGACUUAACCGUGUAGUGACCUUUUUCUUUCGUGGUCAGGGAAAAUUCAGGGACUAUUUUCUGUUUUAUUGAGUGGCAAACCUGAUUAUACAUAUCUAGCCGGAUUUUUGAAGAAGGUUACUCCCAAAUGCACCUUCCGUCAAAAUAGCUUUUUUCGGCCAAAGGUAGCCAUCAUAAAAACUAAGAGUGCAACCAUUGCUUUUUUUCUCUUCUCCUCCUUUCUUCCUCCUCGCUGUUUCUUUUUCUCCUUUUUUUACUUCGAUGGUGUGAUUUUUGAGCUUAUCGGGCGCAAAAAAACCUGCCUUUUGGCCGUUUUUCACUCAAAUGGUUGCAAGUCUCGUUAAUAGGUUCGUUUUUUUAAAAAAUCGGCUAGAUAUUUAUUGUAGAAUGUAUUCUUUUUGUACAGUGAAUCCUCGUUAUGGCGAACAAAUUAUGCCAAUCCCUUGGCCCUUCGUUAUAUCGAGGUUGUUUCCCAUAUAUUUUUCUACUACUGGGGUAAAGAAAAUCGUUCGUUAUACCGAGGGCUUCGUUAUAUAGAGAUUCUUUAUAUCGAGGUUCCACUGAAAAGCAAACAAAUUAUGCCAGUCCCUUGUCCUUUCGUUGUAUCAAGGUUCCAUUGUAUUUUGUUUUCUGUAAAAGGAAUGGUUUGGAAAGGGAGGAGCACCGUUUGUUGGCAUCAUUGUCAGUCCCUACAAUUACAGUAACCCAUCCAGCCAAUCACAGAUCAGAUGCCUGACAGUUAGCGACGAAUGGGAAUCUGCUGGCCAGUACAGAUUACCUUACCAGUUUGAUUACGAAGUGUAUGAAGUCGAGGCUGAUGAAGAUGAGACGGUAGAGCAAGUGAAAGGGAUAGCUGACGACUACCGAACAUAUCCAUUGUAAGAAAUUACAUGAAAUCUCUUAAAGUAAGAGGGGAGGGUUUCAGGAAGAGUUCCCUUUGCCUUCUUUCACUGAGAGAUAGACUGAUUAAAGUAGUCUAUUUUUCUAAGAUCUUCUAGAUCGUUUCCUAUGGUAACGGGCGGCCAUCUUGGUUUCGUCUGUAACGAGGGCGCAGACGUCGAGGUGUUAUAUUGGUGAGUGAAAGGAGGCUUUUUUUCUUGCUUCCAUCCAACCCAUCCCCCGACCCCUAGAUAGAUUUGAUACUCUCAAAACGAAGAUGUCCGCCCAUUGCAAUAAGCUCUUGUUAUCAACGAUCUUACUUAAAAGUUGAGGACUAUAAACAGUCUUCCUAACUGGAAUUGUGGUCGUUUCGCCUGAAGCCCGAACAUCAAUUCGCCCGACGGCGUUUCGCCCGGACUUAAGUCGAUUUGCCGAGUGACAGAUAACAAUCUGUAACGCGGUGAACAUACUUAUUUCAGACGAUAUUUUAGUUAACCUUGGAUUCCACAUAUGCGGUCACUGUCUUUCCACGCUUAUUCCCUUUUUUCGAGGUUAAAGAACGACAAAUACGCAUAGGACGAAUGGACUUAAGUCCGGGCGAUCUGCCGUCAGGUGAAUCAACUUUCGGGCGAAAUAGCGUAGUGCCACCUGACAUAAGGCUUGUUAUGGACUACAAAAACACGGGCCAUUUCUAGGCUGCUUGUGAGAGUGGGUCAAUGUUGUGUCAAAUUGCUGUUAACCCAUUCGCUCCUGGAGAUUUUGCCGAAAAACGCGUUUUGAAGCUAGUCGAGUGGUUUUCUGGUCACUGUCGUGCUAUAAAGAGCUAAAACUUACCACAAACUGGUUUACAGGUCGAACACUUCGCGGUCUUCUGAUCCAGAUGUAAAAUAUCAGCUUGCGAAGUUCGGGCAUGCGCAGAAAGCAAAAUUUUCUCUCCUCCCUUCUUUUUUCGCUUUUCUUGCCUCGUUUUUUUUUUCUCUUGCUGGGCAUUUAGUGGGCUUCAUUUUGGUGGGAAGAGUUUUUAGGAAAGCUUUUAGGAUCUUAGGAUUAGGUGAAAGGAAAGGUAGGUGGGUAAUGGAACAAGAUUUUCAUGGAGAUUUUCAGGUCAAUGUCACGUGGUUUUUUGCUUGUUUCUCCGGUGUCCUUGACUGAAUUGUGCUCAUUCUAGUGUGGUUUGAAAGAUCUCUUCACUCUGCACAAGUUAGCGAAGAAAGUUAUCCUUGACCGUUAAAACUGAUGACGUCACAAUGGGUAGAAAGGACCUGGAUCCGCACGGGCGGUUACGGGCGGUUCAGGGGCGAAUGGGUUAAUGAUAGUACCACAGUACUCACCCACUGGAGGUCAAUUAAAAUUUUCCUAACUUUUUACGUUCUCCUUAUUUAUUUUUUCCCUACAGUCGUGUUCAGCUGAACAGAAGAUUUGGUUCCUCUUCGGACUUCAACCUCUUGGACAAACUUUUGGAGUCUCUGCGGGCUCGAGUUGCUAGCAAUUCCAGCGGUAACAGAGAAGCGUUCGUAAAUAGAAUAAAGGAAGGAAUCGCUGAAAACAUCAAACCUCAGCCAGCCAUUCAGCAAUGUGAAACUAUCGUAGAGAGUUUUCAGCAGGACUAAAUUGCAGCAUCGUUCAUCCUAUCGGAGAGUCUCAGAUAUACUAGUGUUCGUUCUAAACUAGAAGCAUAUAAAACUUAACUAUGUUAUAGUUGUUGUCGUUUUUGUGUGUUCUCUUCCUCAUGUGUCUAAAUGAACGAGCUUUAGUUUGGCACUUGUAAGGUUAAGAAUUUUUACAGUGCUGUGAUUCGCAAAACAAUUAUUACUUUAAAAUGACAUGUCUGUACAAAGAAAUCAUUAUACCCUGAGGUGCCUACGGUCGAGAAAUUCUCAAUUGUUCAGAGUUAGAGCAAAAGUAUUUAUUUGGAUGUACAUAAUUAUACUAUGGAAGAUUAUUUAUCGAAGAUAUCUCUAAAAGUGAAUAAAAUGUAAGGAUGAGUGUAAAACACGAGUUCGUUUUUCUCUGGCGUCGCCACAGGAACAACCCAGUCAAGAAGGAAGGAUUCAGUGCAAGAAGCGGCGCACAAAGUUUACAAAUUCCCUUUUUUUUGUAGCGAAAUACCUGUGACCCGUUUAACAAAAAGCGGGGCCGAUAAUUAUCAUACACAACAAUUCUAAGACGGAAUCCAUCAGGAAAAUUAGUAACCCAGUCUAAUAUCUAUAGAACAAGCCCCUAAUUUCAAUUUUCAGUGGACAAAAACCUUGUACCAGAAUAAUUUAAACAACAUCGCAUUUUACAUUUUUCGAGGGCUAUAGAUGUGAUUAGUUAUCUGUAAUAACACCAAAGAAAAUUUCUCAUGAGAGCCCAAGAAAAUAAAUGUCUAUAUAAUGUCACAAACUGACAUCUUACAUGCCAAUUGAAUUUGCAGAAUUUUACCCGUGUUUUCACAAUUCUUGUCUUUGUCUAGUCUUUGGUGUUAUUGCAGAUAACUUAUUUUAUCUACAGUCCUUGAAAAAUGUAAAAAAAAAAAAAAAGCUAUGUUGUUUGAAUUAUUCUGGUACAAGGUUUUUGUCCACUGAAAAUUGAAAUUACUCAAUUUCCUGAUGGAUUCUAGCCUGCGAAGCGCCAGACGCAUUUCCGGUCGUCGCUUCUCUCCCUCCGAAAAAUAUUCUUCGGAGGGAGAGAAGCGACGACCGGAAAUGCGUCUGGCGCUUCGCAGGCUAGAUGGAUUCCGUCUUAAAAAUGUUUUCCCACUUUGAACGGGAUAACCUGGGAACCAGAGUACGUGUGUUCUAUUUUGGUGUCAGCGGUAUAUAAAUGAGAAGAUAGGAACACGAGAUCAGAAGGUACAAAAUCUGAAAAAAUGCCGGUCGGAAAUUGCUCCCAAUCGGGACAGAAAUGGCCAGAAAAUGUUGGAAUUUUAGCGAUGGAAGUGUAUUUUCCUUACACUUGCGUUAAUCAGGAGAAAUUGGAAGAGUUUGAUGGAGUAAGUAAAGGAAAAUAUACGAUUGGAUUAGGUCAGCGUAACAUGGGAUUCUGUGGCGAUCGUGAGGACAUCAAUUCUUUGUCUCUUACCGUUGUGCACAAGCUGAUGGAAAGAAACUCGAUCAGUCCCAACGAUAUCGGCAGGCUUGAAGUUGGGACGGAGACCUUAAUCGACAAGUCGAAGUCCGUGAAAAGUGUUUUGAUGCAACUUUUUGAAAAAAGUGGAAAUUCGAGCAUCGAAGGAGUUGACACAACUAACGCAUGUUAUGGAGGUACACAGGCCCUUUUCAACGCCGUGUCUUGGAUUGAAAGCAGUGCCUGGGAUGGUGAGUUUCAUACUUAGUUUGCGAUGUGUUAAUAAAGGAGUUUUUGACCGGCGAUCAUUGGCACGAACAUGUGAGAAAAAUCACCUGUUCUACAGCAGUUGAUCAUGUGCUUCAAACUUGGGCCUUUUUUCGCAUGGCUUAAGUCUGCUGCAUAUUCUCAGAUUUAAUUCCUUCUGCAUGUUGAAGCCAUUUCUCAGGAGGGGGAGGGGGAUUAGACGUCCUCAACUAAAGUAAACCUGGAGUCUGCAAAGCUUUCAUUGAAAAUGGGACAACGUUCUCCUUGACUGACGAAUUUUAGAUCCAUAAUUUGACUUAGAGGCCCGUACUGUACAGAUUCAAAGCCCAGGUUUUGAUUAGUAAUCCCUAUAUCAGAUGAUUUUAACAUAGUUUGGUCUUUCACUCCUUUCCAAAGUAUGUGCCAGUACGGUGCCCUUAAAAUUGGCUGCAGUUAGAGCUCUCUACAUUUACUUUUGUAGGAAAGGUCUAUUAAAAUUAUUUUGAAUGAAAAAAAAAAAUGGAAGAACUAAAUUUGACACUGACCAGAUUGAUUGACCAGUGGCUGAUAAGACAAAGUUUAUUUGCAGGUCGUUUGGCAAUUGUUGUUGCCGCUGAUAUUGCAGUUUAUGCUGCUGGAAGUGCCCGUAGCACGGGUGGGGCUGGAGCAGUGGCAAUGCUGGUGGGGCCAGAUGCACCCCUUGUUAUGGAACGAGGUAAGGAUGUCUUCUCACAAAUAACUAACUUGGAAGUGUUGUAGUUCAAUUUUGCCUUUGGUUGAAUCUCAACUAAUGGCUAAGUUUUAAUUGUUUAUUUUGCUUAAAACUUUCUUGUUCCCAGAGCUGCUAACCUUUUCCCCAGCACCACGGAUCGAGAGCUUUGCUGGCUAGCGCCAAACAGUGAGUCUGUGGUUUUUUUUUGCGUAAACUCAGAAAUUUGAAAUGAUAACUGUCACAAACAGUUAAAAACAUGGCAGCUACCUGUAUUACGCUUGAGCAUUAUCCUGGAACCAGCCAGAGCUCUCAAUCCUUGGCCCUGGCCAGAAUGAUUGCAGCUGGAUGAGAAUGAGUUCAAAAGAGAACCAGUUCAUGACGUAUUCUUAUCCCUCAUUUCAUGGUGAGACUCCAAAUAUUAUUUGGGAAUUCACUUUUCUUUUUUUCAAGAUAGAACUAAUCUUCACUGAUGCUUUGUUUUGUCAUGUAGGAAUGAGAUCAAUACAUAUGGAACAUGCCUACGAUUUCUACAAACCAAACAUGUCCUCUGAGUACCCAGUGGUUGAUGGAAAGCUCUCUGUACGCUGCUACUUUCAUGCAUUAGAUCAAUGUUACAAGAAGUACACCGACAAAGGGAGGACACUUUACCAAAAGACACAGUUCUCUCUUGAUGACAUAGAUUAUGCCAUAUUUCACACUCCUUUCUGUAGGAUAGUGCAGAAAUCAUUAGCUCGGUUAAUGUUUCAUGAUUUUCUAUGCAGUACAGAAAGCAGUAAUUCUGAAUCAGAAGGAGAUAGAUAUGCAGGUCUAUUACAAUUCAGGUAUGUGUGUGUUUACUUAUGAAUGCUUAAUGAAAUGGUAACUUUUUUAUAUUAGCCAGGAGUGAAUAUAUCAAAAAUUUGUUUUGCAGUGUCAAGUAAAAAUAAGUGCCAAUUUUGUGGUCUGUGUUUAGUGGUCUUGAGCAAAGCCAUAGUUUUUUUGUUAGGUAGCAUUUAUGGUCUUCCAAAACGUAGGGAUAACAUUCGCAAGACAUAUUAUUUUUCCUUAUUUCCUCGAAUAAGUGUCUGUGCUCUAAUAAACACCCUCCCCCAAAUAAGCACUAGGCCUAAGUAUCAAACAAGCCUCCCCCUUGUACAAACGUCCCCCUUCCCUUCCCCAUUUCAUUCUUUAAUAGUAGGCAUACAAGUAAAACCUGCUUCUUUUGCCACUUUAUUGAUAACUGUCUGUAUACUGUAUAAAUGGGACCAAGUUACACUUGACUACCAACAGGAGAACUUAAUAAGGGUCCCCCUUGAUUAAGCACCCUCUUUUCAUUUAGCCAAAAUUUUAAUUAUGGGCCUGAGUGCUUAUUGAAGAAAAUACAGUAUGUUCACUUCUCGUUAUAAUUAACCCCUUCCCUACUGCCACCAUUUUACUAUGCCACCAACAGUUUCUCUGCAAAUAACAUCUGAGAAACUAGCGCAGAAAUUCCUCAUUGACUAUGUUUCAGUACUCUGAUCUGGGUAGUGCUUCUGAUUGGUUGAGGUGACCGAAAAUAGCCCGUAAAUGCAGACAUAUUCCCGGUUGUUGCUUCUCAUCACCCAGAAUGUUAAUUUACUUUUCGGGUGCAGAGAAGCAACAACUGCAAAUGUACGUUUGCAUUUACAAGCUAACCCAAAUAUGACUCUCCAAAAAUUUGAGCUUUCAGCACUUACUUUUUCACCUCCCUCUUUACUCUAUUUGAGUAACUGUUGCCAUUAUGAUCAAUUUAGUAAUUCUCUUGAUGAUAUUCUUUCAACUUAGGAAUGUCAAACUUGAAGAAACAUUUCAAGAUGAGGCUAAAGCCAAAGAAAUAGAAAAGGCAUCAAUGAAAUGUAGUCAAACCAUAUAUGAUAAAAAGACGGCACCAUCACUGUUCCUUUCCCGUGAAGUUGGCAACAUGUACACUCCAUCACUGUAUGGCUGUCUUGCCUCACUGCUGUUCAGGUAUGACUGACAGUAAACUCUCUCAGCAGACACUUCUGUAAAAUGGACACUUUCUUAAAAGGGCACCCAGGGCACUUACCAAAAGUCAGAACUGGCCACCUGGACUCAGAGGUCAUUUUGAAAACAAAAUACUCAAAUUUUUCACUUAGACCAGUCACAUCAUAGACUGAUCACUGGAUAUCCCUGAUCAACAGUUCAAUUGUCUUUAUGGCCAGUUCUCACAAAUGGUAUGUGUCCAUAGAGAUGGUUCCCACAUUUAAUUAGUCUUUUUAUUUUACUCUUUCCAACGUGAAAACCUUUCUCUGAAGACACGACUAGAGCUUGUGUCUGCCUUAGACAGUUUACUAUGCACUCUUUUUUAUGUAAUCUUUUUAUGAGAUCUUUAUAAGCUGCAAACCCAUGGGACCUUCACUGGGUCUGUUUAAUAGUCAGAGGUGUCUGCUACAUACAGGCUCAUUUACAGAACAGGGGCCCGUUUCUCGAAAGUCCCGGUAACUUUAUGGGCCCGAAAUCAAAUAUUCAAAUCGAAAUAUAAAGAAUAAGAGCGCGGGUCCUAGCUAGCAAACUACUCCAUUUUGUUUCAUUAACUGACAGUUUUAUCGUGUCAGAUGCAAAACUGUUGAAACCUCGAUCUUAAAUGUAAACGGAGACAGCUUACCGGGCCUGUUAAUUAUCGGGACUUUCGAGAAACGGGCCCAGGCCCCAGUUGUUCAAACGUUGGAUAGUGUUAUCCACCAGGCCCCAGUUGCUCAAAAGCUGGAUAGCGCUAUCCACCGGAUAAAUCACUAUCCAUUGGAUAAGUAUUACGAAAAUUAAUUGUGUUAUCCACUGGAUAGUGAUUUAUCCGGUGGAUAGCGCUAUCCACCUUUUGAACAACUGGUGCUGGGUAGAAAAAAUGUUGAGCCUCAAUGAUGUUUGUUUCCAGUUGUCAUAAGUUGUCUGCUUUAUUGAAAGCCUGUUUAAUACUGGUUUCCCUUCAUCUUUAGUAGAACAUUGAGGCUGAAAUUGACCAAGAUUUUGACACAAAAUGUUGGUUGCGAAUGUACCGAGAGGGUGGGCGUUGGGAUUUAUUGCUGUUGGGAAAGGAGGCUAGAAAAAUAAACUUGUCGCCUACUCCCAAAUUGUCCCCUGCCCUCUAAGUAGAUUAGAUGUGCAUCUUCAAGCUAGACUCGGUCAAGGUUGCCGCCUGUAGCGCUCGUUCUCGACGGUGUACGAUCGACAAUUAAUCAGAUCUCUAUGAUCAUACUGUUCACUGUCUUUGAACAGUCUUCAGUGGACACCACAGUUGAAUUCGAAUUCCCACUGAAACAGCCGGUUUUUAAAAGUUUUUACAAAGGGAAAGCGCUCUAGGUUUCAAGUCAUUUUUUGGACUCGUCGGCCGUGCGUUUAUGUACACAGUGUUUAAGGCUUCGUUUCAUCGUAUUUGUUUAAACCCAUGAGUUAAUUUUUUUUGUCAAGAGAUUGAUUUUUAUAAGACAGUGGCUUUUUUGAUUCUCGUUGUAUUCUAUUUACAGUGAACCACUUGAAGAUUUAGCGGGUAAACGUGUACUAUUCUUCUCCUACGGUUCUGGUCUUGCCUCCGCUAUGUUUUCAUUUCAUAUUUCCAACAACGUUAGUUCUGGCUCUCCUCUCAACUUAUUGGUGACGUCACUCAAGGACAUCCCAGAACGCUUAGCGUCCCGGUUACAAGUUGAACCAGAAGAAUUCGUGAAGACUCUCACCGCACGCGAAAUCACUCAUAACAAGAAUAAUUACUCGCCAAGUUGUUCUGAGAACGAGCUCUUCCCUGGCACCUAUUAUCUGACGAAUGUUGACGAGAAGUUUCGUAGGACUUACCAGAGAACUGUGGACGAAUCCUCCAAGGAGGGUUGCAUGGUUGUUUGAAUUGAACAGACCACAAAUUUGGAGAAUGGAUAGUCAAUGCGCUUGGCUGGUUUUCUUAGCCAUGGAUUCUUUUAAUGUCUUCGUUGGCAAGUUCUUACAUCCAUAUACUCAAUUGUAUCUUAUUUCUACUUUAUGAGCCUUUGGAAAAUCGAAUUGUAAUAUAUUUUAGCACGUUUGAAACUUCACUUCCACUCGAGCACAGUUGUGCCAGUCCGAGCAAUGGGAGGUGUUGCAAAACAUACCUUCUUGAUUUCAAAGUUUACUUUAUUUUGCGGGGUGGACAAUCUUGUAACCAACUAUUUUGUUAAUUAAACUUGCUCGAUUGUAAUACCGCCAUAAAGCUAAGAUGUCAUCCGUUUUCUCUUAUGUAUUGACUGACCGGUAUCCCAGGAGAAAAAUUUUAUCAGAACCCCC